AUGCGAUCAAGACCACUUCAAGCGUUCAUCUUUCUCCUCUCAUCAGCAAAGAAUGUCCACGCCCAUAGCUGGGUAGAACAACUGUCCGUCAUCGCCUCAAAUGGGACGUUCGUGGGUACCCCAGGAUAUCCGAGAGGAAACGUCCUUCGCACAGCCUCCGACUUCAGCGAUACCACAAUGACCUACCUGAUCCCUCCAUCUAGUCGUGCGAAUGUGACCCUCGUCCUACCCUCCGACAAACUAUGCAAGGACACUCAACAAGAACAAAUCCAGACUGCCGGAAGCGCGCGACUGCAGGCCAGCGCGGGCGAUGCAGUUGCACUUCGCUAUCAAGAGAACGGUCACGUCACACUCCCCUGGAAUCAACCCGGGAAGCCCGCAAACCGAGGAACCGUCUACGUCUACGGAACGACAGAGCCCAAAGUGGGUGAGAAAAUCCUCGAUGUCCACGGAGCCUGGACCAGCGACGGCACCGGGGGAGAUGGACGAGGCGUGCUACUAUCCAAACAAAACUUCGACGACGGCCGCUGCUACCAGAUCAACAGUGGCAAUAUCUCGCAAGCACGUCAACAGGAAUACCCCCAUCAAGCUAAUCAACUCAUGGGUGCGGAUAUGUGGUGUCAGCAGGAUAUCAAACUGCCCUCUACGGCCCCAACGGGCAAGUUGUACACCCUCUACUGGGUGUGGGACUGGCCCACCCUCCCGGGAGUCGAUCCAACAUACCCACACGGUAAAACGGAGAUUUACACCACCUGCAUGGAUGUGAAUGUCGUGGCCUCUACAUCACAGCAAAAGGGAAACAUUCAAGAUGAGUAUGCCACUGGUCAGGAUCUCAACAAGGCUGCUAUCCCAUCGGAGUUUGCCGAUCUUGACGACGUUUCGGAGGCAGCUGAAACCACGACGGCUCGUACAUCUUCUACUCCGUCUUCGUCGAUUCCAUAUGUGCCCCAAUCGACAUCCACUUUGUACCUCACAUCGACAGAGGUGGUUCGGGUUAUUACCGUGACUGCUUGGAAAACAACGGAGAAGACCGUUACUGUGGGGGGCUGCGAGGCAACUCCCACGGGGACUCCGAGUACAGGAGAUAGCACACGGUUGAAGAGAAGGGAUUGGAGGGCAUAA